AUGAAACAAAAGAUGCCCCGAUUCCUGGUUUUGCAUCCAUUGUUUUUCCUGCUGUUUACGGUGGCUAUCGCUCGUGGACAAGAUAAUCCAAUUUCGCCAGAAGAGUAUCAAAGCCAGAUUCGCGCAGGGUUUUCCACAAACUGGUUUAAGAGUUUUGCAAAGAAGCCAAUGAAAAAGUACUCUGAGAAAAACAUCGAGGACAUCCACGAUAAAGGGUUUCGUAACUUACGAAUUCGAUGCGACGCAGAGCUGUACUCAUCUAAAGUUGAAUUCCAAUGGUUUCUUGGCAAUCUGACAACCAUUGUGGACGGUUGUCUGAAACACGAUGUGAUUCCUAUCAUCUCCUGGAUUCACCAUCACGCAGAAGCCUAUGCCACAGAGGAGGACCAUGACGCGUACGUUGCCUGGUGGACAGCGGUGGCUCGGCAGUUAAAAGACAGGGACUAUAGACUCAGUUUUAAUCUAUUUACAGAACUUGGAAUAGACACUUGUUCAAAAGGAAAAACUGAGAAGAAGAUAGUAGAAAAACUUUGCAACAACAGUCUUCGCAGAAGAACCGACAAGUACAACCGGUGGACCAAAGAUGUGACAAAAGCAAUCCGAGCUACGGGUGGCAAGAACGCGAAGCGGAUAAUUAUUCUGGCGUCGCCAGGAAAAACUGCGAAGGACUUAGAUAGAAUCGAUCCAGCGAUUUAUAAAAAUGAUUCAUACAUGAUGGCCGAGUGGCAUCUUUAUGCUUCAGGGCCAAUCAAAACGCCUGGCUCGCAGAAGUACUGGAGCGGAGACGGUAAACGUAAAGGCCAAGAAAAUGUCAAAAAAGCAAUUAACGACGGAGGCACUAUACAGAAGAAAAUGUCAGCACCUUAA